AUGCCAAGAAGAGGAGGGAGGGAGAGAGGACAGGUAGGGGAAGAACCACCCAGCUUCCAUCAAAACCACCCUGCAGCCUCCAUCAAAACCACCCAGCAGCCUCCAUCAAAACCACCCAGCAGCCUCCAUCAAAACCACCCAGCAGCCUCCAUCAAAACCACCCAGCAGCCUCCAUCAAAACCACCCAGCAGCCUCCAUCAAAACUACCCAGCAGCCUCCAUCAAAACUACCCAGCAGCCUCCAUCAAAACUACCCAGCAGCCUCCAUCAAAACCACCCAGCAGCCUCCAUCAAACCACCCAGCAGCCUCCAUCAAAACCACCCAGCAGCCUCCAUCAAAACCACCCAGCAGCCUCCAUCAAAACUACCCAGCAGCCUCCAUCAAAACCACCCAGCAGCCUCCAUCAAAACUACCCAGCAGCCUCCAUCAAAACUACCCAGCAGCCUCCAUCAAAACCACCUAGCAGCCUCCAUCAAAACCACCCAGCAGCCUCCAUCAAAACCACCCAGCAGCCUCCAUCAAAACCACCCAGCAGCCUCCAUCAAACUACCCAGCAACCUCCAUCAAAACCACCCAGCAGCCUCCAUCAAACCACCCAGCAGACUCCAUCAAAACCACCCAGCAGCCUCCAUCAAAACCACCCAGCAGCCUCCAUCAAAACUACCCAGCAGCCUCCAUCAAAACUACCCAGCAGCCUCCAUCAAAACCACCCAGCAGCCUCCAUCAAAACUACCCAGCAGCCUCCAUCAAAACUACCCAGCAGCCUCCAUCAAAACUACCCAGCAUCCUCCAUCAAAACUACCCAGCAGCCUCCAUCAAAACCACCCAGCAGCCUCCAUCAAAACCACCCAGCAGCCUCCAUCAAAACCACCCAGCAGCCUCCAUCAAAACUACCCAGCAGCCUCCAUCAAAACCACCCAGCAGCCUCCAUCAAAACCACCCAGCAGCCUCCAUCAAAACCACCCAGCAGCCUCCAUCAAAACCACCCAGCAGCCUCCGGCUAGGAGAGAGUGGCUGGUCCUUUGCAGGAAGAAACAGCCUGUAUCCAGCCCCACAUCACAGAAACAGCCUGUAUUCAGCCCUACAUCACAGAAACAGCCUGUAUCCAGCCCCACAUCACAGAAACAGCCUGUAUCCAGCCCCACAUCACAGAAACAGCCUGUAUCCAGCCCCACAUCACAGAAACAGCCUGUAUUCAGCCCCACAUCACAGAAACAGCCUGUAUUCAGCCCUACAUCACAGAAACAGCCUGUAUCCAGCCCCACAUCACAGAAACAGCCUGUAUCCAGCGCCACAUCACAGAAACAGCCUGUAUCCAGCCCCACAUCACAGAAACAGCCUGUAUCCAGCCCCACAUCACAGAAACACAGCCUGUAUCCAGCCCCACAUCACAGAAACAGCCUGUAUACAGCCCCACAUCACAGAAACAGCCUGUAUUCAGCCCUACAUCACAGAAACAGCCUGUAUCCAGCCCCACAUCACAGAAACAGCCUGUAUCCAGCCCCACAUCACAGAAACAGCCUUAUCCAGCCCCACAUCACAGAAACAGCCUGUAUCCAGCCCCACAUCACAGAAACAGCCUGUAUUCAGCCCCACAUCACAGAAACAGCCUGUAUCCAGCCCCACAUCACAGAAACAGCCUGCAUCCAGCCCCACAUCACAGAAACAGCCUGUAUCCAGCCCCACAUCACAGAAACAGCCUGUAUUCAGCCCUACAGCACAGAAACAGCCUGUAUCCAGCCCCACAUCACAGAAACAGCCUGUAUCCAGCCCCACAUCACAGAAACACAGCCUGUAUCCAGCCCCACAUCACAGAAACAGCCUGUAUCCAGCCCCACAUCACAGAAACAGCCUGUAUCCAGCCCUACAUCACAGAAACAGCCUGUAUUCAGCCCCACAUCACAGAAACACAGCCUAAACACAGCCUGUAUCCAGCCCCACAUCACAGAAACAGCCUGUAUCCAGCCCCACAUCACAGAAACAGCCUGUAUCCAGCCCCACAUCACAGAAACAGCCUGGAUCCAGCCCCACAUCACAGAAACAGCCUGUAUCCAGCCCCACAUCACAGAAACAGCCUGUACCCAGCCCCACAUCACAGAAACAGCCUGUAUCCAGCCCCACAUCACAGAAACAGCCUGUAUCCAGCCCUAG